CUUCGCUCCCUACUAGAAUCUACUCCAUAGGUUCUUUUACUGCACCAUGAAGAUCAAUUCCCUUGUCGGUGCACUUGCCGCAGCCAACUCCAUCAAUGCCCUUUCCUUCUGGAAUCAGGUCGACCAAUUUGUGCCUCUGCUCUUCCGCGGCUAUCUGGGCAGUGAAACCCCAGCUGAGGACAUUAUCAAGGUGUAUGACAAUGAAUACCUGCCCUUGCUGAAGUUGAAGGGCCCAGGCCUCGAGUUUGAGGAAGUUUCCAGUGCUUGGGAACACCUUCAGAGAAGCAUGUCACCCAAUGCCAUCAGAAAGGCUAUUGCUGACUGGGAACGCAAGACGCUUGGCUCCAAGGACAUGAACAACAAGUUCAAUAAGGCCAAACAACUAUUUGCUGGAUUCGACACCAUCCAGAACAAUGCCCAUUCUGACCACAUCUUGAGAGUUAAGGAAAACCACCCUGAAGUUCUCGGUUUGGACUCUGUCAAGCAGUAUACUGGCUACUUAGAUGUGCUUUCGUUGGACAAGCACUUCUUCUACUGGUUCUUCGAGUCCAGAAACGACCCAGAGAAUGACCCUGUUAUCUUGUGGCUUAACGGUGGGCCAGGCUGCUCUUCUGCUACUGGAUUAUUCUUCGAAUUGGGCCCUUCCAGCAUCAACGCCACCAUUCAACCAGAGUUCAACCCAUACUCUUGGAAUAACAACGCUUCUGUUAUCUUCUUAGAUCAGCCAGUCGGUGUUGGCUACUCUUACACAGGCGGUGAAUCAAUUUCCACCACUGCAGCUGCCGCUAAAGAUGUCUACAUUUUCUUGGAGUUGUUUUUCCAAAAGUUCCCUCAGUUCAUUAGAAAUGACUUCCACAUUGCCGGUGAAUCUUAUGCUGGACAUUAUAUUCCUAGUUUUGCUACUGAAAUUCUCAACAAUGCUGACAGAUCAUUUGAGUUGACCUCGGUUUUGAUCGGUAAUGGAAUCACUGACUCUUUGAUUCAAUCCGCAAGCUACAAGCCUAUGGCUUGUGGUGAGGGUGGUUACAAGGCUGUUCUCCCUGAAGAAAAAUGUGACCAAAUGGAGAAGGAUUACCCCAAAUGUGCCGCUUUAACCAGUUUGUGUUACAAGUUCCAAAAUGCUCUUACUUGUGUGCCAGCACAAUUGUACUGUGGCAGAUUGGAACAAGCGUACGCUGAAACUGGCUUGAACGUGUACGACAUCAGAAAGAAGUGUGAGGAUGACAAUGGUGUGUGUUACACUGCCAUGAACUGGAUUGAUGAAUACUUGAACUCCGAGUUUGUCAAAGAAGCUGUUGGUGCCAACGUUGACAUUUUCUCAUCCUGUGAUGACAAGGUCUUUUUCAACUUUAUCAAGGCCGGUGACGAAGCCUUGCCAUUCCAACAGUAUGUUGCUGAAUUGUUAGAAAAGGAUAUUCCUGUGUUGAUCUAUGCUGGUGACAAGGAUUUCAUCUGUAACUGGUUAGGAAACCAUGCUUGGUCUGAUGCUUUGGAAUAUUCAGGCCACGAAGAGUUCGAGAAGGCUUCCUUGCAACCAUGGUACACCCAAAACAAGACUUUGGCUGGUGAAGUUAAGAACUACAAGAAGUUUACCUUCUUGAGAAUCUACGACGCUGGUCACAUGGUUCCAUUUGACCAACCAGCUAACUCUCUUGAUAUGGUCAACAGAUGGAUCCAAGGUGACUACACUUUCGGAUAUUAGAUCAUCUUUACUACCUCACUUUAUGAUCCCCUAGAAACUAUGUGUGAUUUAUAAUGGAAGUUACUCAAAUCUCCAUGAUCUUAAACUUAUUGGAUUUUUGUAAUAGAUUAUAUGACCUUGUUUGCGC